AGGCGCCGCGCCCCCCGUUCAACGUUGGCCAGAGAACAACCGAAUGCGCAGCAUGUCUCAAAAAUGGCCGUGGGGCGAUUGGAAGUGAGUGCACCUCGGCUUGUGUACAAGUCCGGGCAGCGAUGAAAUCCUAGCCGCUCGCAGUCCGAAGUCGCGCCUCUCCUUCCCGGCGAAGUAUGAAAGAAAAGCCAAAUUCCACUCGCACGUAUGACGAAGACGGUUUUCGGCGACGUGCGGCGUGUUUGUGCGUGCGCAGAGAAGAGACUGAGAUCCUGCUGGUGUCGAGCAGCAGCGCCCCCGACCGGUGGAUCGUGCCCGGGGGCGGCCUGGAACCAAACGAGGAGCCAAGCACGGCGGCCAUGCGCGAGGUCAUGGAGGAGGGUGGGGUCCGGGGACGCCUGGGCCGCUGUCUCGGGACCUUCGAGAACCUCGAGAGGAAACACCGCACAAUGGUAUUUAUUUUGGAAGUCACGGAGGAGCUUGAAGAGUGGGAGGACUCGAAGAGCAUAGGACGCAAGCGGAAGUGGUUCCCGAUCGAAGAGGCCCUCCGCGUGCUCUCAGUGUCCAAGCCUGUACAGUGUAAUUACGUCAAGCUGCUCAUGAAAAACGACAAAGUGCCAUGACCCGGACAGCCGCCCUAGUUUGUUUCGUUUUUGCCCCACCCUCCCUUCAUUUUAUUUUUUUUUCGCUCCCCCUCUCCCCUAUCCCUUGCACACCACCCCCACCACCACCACUCCCCCGUUUCCCUAAAAUAAAACACAGUCGAAGAAGACGAAGAAGAAAAAAAAACUAAAAACACGAUGUACAUACACCUCGAAGUUGUUGUUGCCGCUCGUUGUUGUUCUUCAGCCACGUUCCCUUGACUGUUCUUCUGAACCUAAGCUGCACUGUAACGACCCAGAUUUCACUUUUAAAAAAAAACGUGAAUGUUGGAAAAACUGGGUUUAUCUUUCUUUUUUUUUUUUUGAGGGGGAGAGUAAAGAGGGGGCGGAGAGGGGGCUUUUCGACGCUGGAUUUGGGGGGGAGGGGAGGGGGAGGGUGACCCGCCGUGUGGGAGCUGGCGACGCGAUUUGUGCGCGAUUGACAAGAGUUCUGAAAGAGAAUGUUGUUGUUGUUGGAUUGUGUGGAAAAGAGACUGACUGGUCAGUGGCUGCGACAGCACUCCUGUACUUUCCGCUUCUCUGCGUGUUUUCCUCCGAUUGUAUUGUCUCUUUUUUCGUUUUAAUUCUUUCGAGGAUGGAAUUGCAAGGAAGAAGCGGAAGAUUGACUCCCCCGUCUGUUUACAGAAAGGGAAUGACUCUGGCUCGUCACAAUAUUUAGGCAGAAAAUGAAAUUACAUUUUUAUUAUCAUUGCUACCUUUGUUGAUUAGGUACCGGAAGCAAGUAUGUUGUUAAAAUGGAGCCAGUAGCUUUGCUAUUCCACCAUACGAAAGGAAUUGUGACAAAGUCGACAACCAAUGUUAUGGGUGCUCUUUGAAGGCAUGUUUUGAAGUGUGGCAAUUUCACAUGUAAAUGGUUUGGAGAAAGGAAAAAGACCACCGAGGGGAAGCGGCGAGCGUAACCGCAUGAGAAAAAGGGAGGCCAUUUUUACACGAGGCUUAGAGCUCCACCCUAGAAUUCGCAACACAUAACAAUGUUUCGCUAGACACCCUUGGGUCUUGGUCGGGCCUUUGUGCUUAAAAUUAAAAGUGACAGACAGCACUGUGGCUGUGACCCCAAAUGUUCUUUUGAACCUACAGAUCCCAUUUGUAUGAAAGGUGAAGAGUAGUCGCAGCUGAUUUAAUGGUUUUUACAGGCACGCCAACUGGGGGUGCGAACUAGUAGUACAUAUUUAACCGGCCCCUGUUGUUGUAACUAGUCAUGUUAUUUUUUUUUUUGUCACUUACCGAAGGCAUGCCACAACAGUAUGAGCUGUAUUUGCUUGCAAUGGUCCUACUUACGAAGCAUUUGUCAUGCCGUGAUCAUAAAAGGGUUAGCAUCGCUCUCGAACCCCCAAUUAUAAGAAACUGCGAAACGAACCGUCCCAACAUUUGAAACUGCGAAAUGGCCGCGAAACUUGCCAAAUGUGUCAAACACAAAACGGCCGACGCAAUCGCGGGAAAGCACCCCAAGAUGUCGAACCUGACGACGUCCCACCAAAUCCUGAGCUGCUAAAACAACCAAGCGGAGGAUUCUAAGCUUUUCUCAUCUUUUUAUAGUGGUACAAAAAACUUUUAUAUAAUAAAAGGAGGGAGGAUGGGGGGAGGGGAAGAAAAUGGAUGUCUCAAUCCACCUUGUUCCGGUCACAUGCUAUCUGCAAGUGUUUCCAUCUGUGCCGUGCAUCAAUUCGAUACCCCAAAACGUUCAAACUGCUGCAUCCUGGAUGUAAACCUGCUUUAUCUUGUCCCUACUUUUUCACGCACCAGUUGGCAACGUUGGGCUUUAAGGGCCGCCAUCACGUCGUAAUUGCCGCAAAUCGCUCACGAUUUUCGACAUUCUCUGCCAAGUUUUGUGUCGAUUCUGCCUGGCUGUCUUUGCGCACUGCCCCCAGAAUGUUUGCCGACCGCAAAUCGUACGGGAUCAAUUUCUCGGCGUUGCGGUAGCGUAGUGUUGCCUAACAACUUUGACAGACACCCAGACGGGUUUGGGCGGCGGUUCCUGGUGCUGGCAACGUGGGGCUUGUAUCAGGCAGGACUGCCCAAUCAGCAGUCGCGUUUAGCCCGGGUCUACCCCUACCGAAAGGAGCAGGUCGAUGUGAUCAGUCGCUGCAUGCUUUGUUACGCCAGAUGCCGAUCUUCUGAUUUGUAUGUGUCUUCAAAAAGAAUACUCCCAGUUUGUGUGUACUGUACCUUGUCUAAAGCAAAGAGAAUAAACAAACAAAAAAAGCCCUGUUUAA